UGUUAGCCACCGUCGCCGAAAUUUUCUCGGCGCACAUCUCUAAGCCCAAUUGUGAAUUGUGACGCUUUUGUUUAUAUCGCCCAAAAAGUGCACUAUUUGCAGUGGUUUUGAGUAAAUUUCUAAUCAAAUUUCUUCAUCAUGUCCAAGGCUCACCCACCAGAAUUGAAAAAGUUCAUGGACAAGAGGAUGAGUCUCAAGCUCAAUGGGGGCCGUACCAUCAAUGGUAUUCUCAGGGGAUUUGAUCCUUUCAUGAACGUUGUCAUUGAUGAGACCAUGGAGGAGUGUAGAGAUGGUUCCCGGAACAACAUAGGCAUGGUGGUUGUCCGAGGGAACAGCAUUAUAAUGGUGGAGGCACUUGAUAGAAUAUAAGAUUUACAGAAUUAUAAAUUAUAAUUUACGCAAGACGAAUAAACAGAGAAUACUGUAUCAGUUUUGUAAAAAUUGCGACUUAUACUAAGACGCCGGGAGUUGUAAGUAAAAUGCAAAAUGUAAUUUAAUUUGAAACCAUUUGAAGUAGGAAAUAUAAGCAUUUCAUGUGACUUAAGCUGUCUAUACACUAGGAAAAAUAUGGAUGAGUGGCCAUUCAAUAAUAUUGAUAAAAAACUUCAAUUAUUGAAGAGAAUUAUUGAAGAAAAUGCCUCCACACGGCCUCCUUGCCUUCUUGCGGCUUGAGAUUCUUUUUCGAGAAAAUUUAUCAUUUUGCUCCUGGAAAACUUUGGAAAGUGUUUGUCGAAGUUCAUUGGGAUAGUAUUGAGUGAAUUUUAGUGGAAAAUUUGCCAAAAAUGCAAGAGAGGAGUGUUUUUCUACAGAUUUUGUGCCAGGUGGAAUCUAAAUAAAUUUUAGAAAAGUUC